AUGGCGGCAGGCAAGGUGGGAGGGAAGGAGGCCGGACAGCCCUGUGCGCCUGUGCGCCGCGCCUUCCAAGGGGACCCCGCUUUUGUCCCUGCCUUCCUUUAUCGCAAAAAAAUAGGAAGCGAAGCGGAAGGCGCAGUCGUCCUCGCAGUUGGUCAUCAGCCAUCAGCCAUCAUACCUACCAAACACUUUGGACCACGUCCACAACAAGACCACCGGCCUGGGGGUCUGAAGAAGAGGACCUGUUUUACCCACAUGGUACUCUGCACGGUAUUUCAUUUUCACGACGAGGACAUCUACAGUCUACAGUCUACACCGCAUGUGCUGUAUUCGAGGAAGGUUGACCUGCCAGCGGCGCUGUCAGGCCAUGGCACUGCAUCCAUUAUGACUACAUCCAUCACUACAGCCAUCACUUCAGCCAUCACUUCAGCCAUCACUGCAUCCAUCACUGCAUCCAUCACUGCAUGA